AUGGGUGUUAACGAAGAUUUCAUCAAGGAUGAUGAGUAUUUGGAUGAUGAAGUUCCACUUCCAGGAUUUCGGUUCCACCCCACAGAUGAAGAACUUGUUAGUUUCUAUCUUCGAAGGAAGCUUGACAAGAAACCCAUAAGCAUCGAGCUCAUCAAACAAAUUGAUAUCUACAAAUACGAUCCUUGGGAUCUUCCAAAAGCAAGUGCCACUAGGGGAGAGAAGGAGGGGUAUUUCUUUUGUAAAAGAGGGAGGAAGUAUAGGAAUAGCAUAAGGCCUAAUAGAGUAACUGGCUCUGGCUUUUGGAAAGCAACUGGCAUAGACAAACCAGUGUACUCACAUGGAGGAGAGGGUAAUAAAUGCAUUGGACUCAAGAAAACAUUAGUGUACUACCGUGGCAGUGCAGGCAAAGGCACCAAAACUGAUUGGAUGAUGCAUGAGUUUCGCCUUCCUUCUAAUACAGACACCCAAACAAACCUUCCCAACUCCAAGCAUUAUGUAGAUAUUCCACAAGAAGCUGAAAUUUGGACAUUGUGUCGAAUUUUCAAAAGAAAUGUGUCGCAAAAGAAGCACGCGCCAGACUUAAGACAAUUAGCUGCUAAGCGUAAUUCCAUCAAUGACAAGAGCACCAAGAUGAGCAAUGCAGAGUUUAACACUAAUCAAGAAGCAUAUAUAAAUUUUGGUGCCCAUUAUCACAGUGAACAGAAACCUAUCAUUAAUUACACAAGCAGUAUUCAAAGGAAUCAGUUUCAUAUGGGUCAAUUGAGUUCUCCAGUGGCACAUCAACCUCAACUAACUGCACCAUCCUCUAACUUCGUGACUAAUCCAAUUGCAAACGACUUCUUCACGUUUGAUAACUGGGAUGAACUUGGAUCCGUAGUGAAGUUUGCUGUUGAUUCUCCUAGUUCGUAA